AUGGCGCAACGAGAGAUUCCCGGCUUCUAUUACGAUCUGACGGGCUCGAUCACAGAUGCUGAGAAGGGCAAGUACUUUCAAGUGCAGGCGAAUCAUAUCGCGCCGCAAGGUGCCAAAUACUCUCAUGAAAAUGUGCGCAAGGAGAAGGAGCAAUCUAGAUGGUGGAAUAUAUCGACCCGCAUUCCUCUCGACACAAAAGAUCGUUCAAGGUCUUCACAAUCAGAUACACUGAGCAUGAGCGAAAUUUGUAAGCGCAAGCGAUCCGCGGCUAUGAAACAGAAGCGCGAGAUGCAAACUGUUCGGCGAUCAAGAGUACUGGACUCAGCAUCAGCAGCCGGAAUAGGAUUAUGGCGUGAACAGGGACGUUCGCACUUUGCCAACUAUGAAGCUCGAAUCGCUGCUAUGGCUGCGCAGUUCCAAGGCUACGAAACUUUGAGCCUCAAGAGCUGCGAAAGCUGUGGCAAGCGCGACAACAUCCACGACUUCUUCAUCGACGACGAACUGGAUGCAAUUCUCAUGGCAUUGGGCUCCAGAAACUUUGGUAGAGUCCAAUUUCUGGGAGAAUCACAGAAUGCAUACGAUAUUGCAGCUUUCAGAUCGGAUAUCUCGUCAGUCAGCAUAUCAUCAUCACGAACGCUUAUAGCGACGUCGUACGACCGACAACAUCCUGGAAAUGUAUUUGUGGCAGGAAUGGCUGGAAGUAUAGACAUGGAGGGAUCACCGCCAAUCUUGGAUUCGCCAGCACCAUGUUACUCUAUGCUAGGAGGACCAGAAACAGCAUUAUGGACCGCUAGUCCAUGUCCGGCCGGCGCUACUCGCGAUAUCAUUGCUAUCGGUAGUUCGGAAGGAGUCUACAUGCUCGAUUCACGUGGCGACCUCCUCCAACAUCACCGUCUCAGAGAAGAUGUACGGUCCAUUGACUGGCUCACACCGACUGUAGCUGUAGGAGGCACGAAAUCAGGUCCGGUCUACUUGUGGGAUGCCAGAGCAGCAGGAACAUCAUUACGCUUUAAACACACAAGUGGCGUCACAGGCGUCCGCAGUCUAGGUGAUGGUUCACGAGUACUGGUGUCUGGGUUCAAAGGCACCUCCAUUUACGACACACGCAUGACUUCCAGGCCAAAGGGUCCACACACACCCUCACCGGCUCUUCUCCGUAUGGCGCCUAUGAAGACAGAGUUCCCGAAAGUGUCCAUGGACGUCCUGACAGAUGCACAACUUCUCGCGACUGCGGACGACGAUAAUGUCAUUCAGCUGCAUUCGUUGUCCAGUGGAAAGCUGAUGGGUAGUCUCAAUGGAGCUAAUCCGAGCAAGGAGAAGGGACGGAUUCACAGAAUGCGCUUUGUGCACUCGUCUGACGAUAGACCGACGCUGAUGCGGUGUUUCCAUCUCUUGAGUUUCUCUGCCUUGUUGGCUAUCAACAUCCAUGGAAAUCUCCAUAAUUAUGCAACUGUGAUUUAUGAAGCGGCACAAUCGCACAGACCACACGCGUCCCAAUCGGGAAUCACACAUCACGGACCGACCCAUAUACGAAAGACGUACACUCAGCAGUCAGCUAUUACUUCUCUCCAUCAAUCCAUCGCCAACGACAAAGCUAUUCAUCACGACCUGCGUCUCCUCUUCUACCCGGCGCAUCACAAACCCUCCAACCACUCUUUCCACAAAAGACUCUCUACACAUCUCACCGCCACGUCAACCAAACCACUCCACACACGCACAACGACCGCUGCAACCAUGAGUGACGCCGAGGACGACUACAUGUCCAUGUCCUUCGCCGACCCCCCACCCCCCACCAACCCAAAAACAUCCCUCCAACGCCACCAAGAACGCCUGCGCAUCGCAUCCCUAAAAUCGCACCCGGCGACCAAAAAACAACUAGAAGCCGAAGCGGAAGCCGCCCGCGAAAAAGCCCUUGCCACCUCAACUCUCACCCCUACCUCCAAGGGCGCGCAAAUGAUGGCCAAAAUGGGAUUCAAAGGUGGGGCGUUGGGUAAAAGCGCAAAUGCGAGGACGGAACCGAUAGAGAUCAAUGUGAAAGAGGGGAAAGGCGGUAUAGGUAUGGAUAAUGAGAAAAAGCGCAAGAUACGGGAAGCGAUGGAGGAGCUUCAAGGUAAAGAAAAGAAGCAAAAGGCGGAGGAGGGUGAAUAUCGUAUACGCGUUGCCGCGGAGAGGGAAGAAAAGAAAAAGGAAGGGCAGUGGUGGGGUGCGAUGAAGGUGUGUGAGAAGUUGGACACAGAGGAAGAAGAGGAAAAGACGGGGAGGAAGGCAGAAGUCCCAGCGAAGAGGGCGAAUUUGCUGUGGAGGAAUUUGGCAAUGCAGAGGGAACAGAGGGAUAGAGAUAGGGUGUUGCGCAAAGGAGCUUUGGAUUCGCUGUCAUCGAGGUAUCAGGAUGAUGAAGCUGAUGCGGAUGAUAAAUUGGCCAUGGGCACGGAAAUCGAAGAAUAUGAGGAUGAAGAGGAUAAAGAGUUGGAUGAUUACAACGCUUUGGAGAUUGGAGAAAGACUUGACAAAGUGGUCGAGUACUUGCGGAAGACCUACCAUUAUUGCUUCUGGUGCAAAUACAGGUACCCAGAUGAGCAGAUGGAAGGAUGCCCGGGCUUGACGGAAGAGGAACAUGAUUGA